GUUAGCUUCUUCAUUUUUAAAGGUUUCGAUUAAAUUUUAAAAACGAAAAUGUUGGGACACAAAGUACUUCUUAUUACGCUUUUAGCGGUAACUGCCACAGUUGUAAGAGCCGAAGAUGAGUCCAAAUGUCAAUGUGGUGUUUUUAAAUCCCCUAAACCGGAACAAACCUCCGACACUCCCGUCGCAUCCAAAUCCCCAAAAUUUGAUUUAGAUUGCGAAAAAGAAGGUGCGGAAAAUUGUUUGAACAUGUGCAAAGCCUUGGCCGAAGCAUCUAAAGAAGAAGGACCUCAAAAACUUUGUGAUAUUUUGGAUAACACUGAAGAUCCGUUCGUGCCUAUGCUAUACUACAAAGCUUGCAACAGCAACAUGUGGACUUACAGCAAUGUAAAACCAACACUUAAAGUUUGCUGCAAAAAUAAAGAAGUUGUUACUUGCGCUUGAUGGGCUUUAAUAAAUUUUUCAUUAUUUGUUAUUUUUUUUGUAUUUUUACUAACAAUUUGAAAAAUUGAUUUUGAUUUAUUAUUAAAUUCGAUUAAAAUC